GAAAGUGAUUCAAGUUGGACGCAGUCGUUCGUCCUUUUCAAAUUACCAAGUAUGGCUGAGUUUCCUGAUGUGGUGUCAAAAUUCAGCAUUGGUGACCCUGUAUGGGCUAAGAUGAAGGGAUUUUUCCCGUGGCCUGGCAAGGUUGUUAGUCCCACGAAAGAUGUUAAAAGACCAGCUUUGAAGAAAUCUAUGCACUGUGUUUAUUUCUUUGGUACAAAGAACUAUGCUUGGGUUCUUGAAGAACAUAUCAAGCCAUACUUAGAGUUUAAGGAAAUGCACACACAGAAAAGUAAAUCCAGUUCUUUCAAAGAAGCCGUAGAGACAGCUGAUGAUUACGUGAAAAGCCUACCAGAGAAGGCAGUAAGAACAUCAGAACUACCAAGUAUAGAAGAGGAGAUAGCCACAAUAUUUCCUGAUGGAACAAAAAAGGCAGAAAAGCCACAUAGGGAUUAUUCCCGAACUCCAUUCCUUGGCCGCACAAAAGUAUGUCUAACACUUUUGGCUCAUUAUGUGUGCUUAAACAUUGAAUUAACCAUAUUUGCCAUUAUUUGUAGUAAGAAGUAAUUAUCCAACAUUGUAUAUGAUUAAACAGGAUUUGCUAACUUCCAGUUUAGUUUUGCAAAGUUUAUAAAUUUCAAAAUCCUUUUCAUUAUUCAAUAACAGAAGUAAGUAUUCAUUAGUUGUAAAAUAGUACAAAAACUAUUAACAUUGAAUAAGAAAUUUUAUGUGCCUUCAUAUAUGUAAUG